AUGAAGGCUGGGCUCCCAGACGGUCCUGCCACGCCUUCAAGCCAGAGCAGAUCCCAAGUGGUGUCUACACUCACAUCAAACUUUGCCUUUGCCACCAUCGACGCGUUGACCUUUUCAGUCCGACCUGCAUCGUCCGGAGAUGUGGCGUACUAUAAGCGUCUCACCGCGUUGAAGGAACUGGAUCCUGAUCUCAAGGUCCUCAUUGCUAUUGGCGGAUGGACCUUUAACGACCCUGGUCCAACCGCGACUACCUUUUCCGAUAUUUCAAGAUCGGAGAAGAAUCAACAGAUGUUUAUCAAGUCGUUGAUUAGUUUUAUGACUGUCUAUGGCUUUGAUGGCGUCGACCUCGACUGGGAAUACCCCGUCACCAAUGAGCGCAGCGGGCGCAAGGAGGAUUACGCCAACUUUCCCAAGUUCAUUGCCAAUCUCAAAAAGGCUCUCAAGUCGAGCGGCCGUGAUGAGCUCUCUUUGACUCUGCCGGCGUCAUACUGGUACUUGCAAUACUUUGACAUUGUCAGGCUGGAGCCUCAUGUCGAUUUUUUCAACAUGAUGACCUAUGACCUCCAUGGAACCUGGGACAAGCCUAUCAAGUCGAUUGGGCCAUAUCUCAACGCCCACACCAACCUCACCGAGAUUGAGGAUACAAUGACCCUUCUCUGGCGCAACAAGAUGGAUCCUGAAAAGAUCGUUCUGGGCACAGGUUUCUACGGCCGGGCCUUUACGGCCUCCAGUCGGGAUUGCCUUAAGUCUGGAUGCCGCUACGAGUCUGGAGCACCGAGGCAAAAGUGCAGCAACGAAGUCAGCGUCAUGAUGAACUCUGAGAUUAUGGACGUCAUCAAGAGGACAAACGCCAAACCCCAGCUCGAAAAGAAGGCUGCCGUCAAGACUCUCGUGUUCGACGAUGACAAUUGGGUUGCCUAUGAUGACGAGGAAACUCUCAAGAUGAAGGUCGACUUUGCCAAGAAGCAGUGUCUAAGCGGCGUCAUGGUCUGGGCUGUAUCUCAAGAUGAUGAAGACGGCACUUUUUCAAAGGCCAUUGGCAAGGCUGCCGGUCGCAAGUUUUCUGAGUCUGGUAUAGGAGGUCCUCAGCCGGUCACAGAUGAUGGUUUGGACGAGAAGGAGACCAAGCAUGCCCAAUGCAAAUGGACCAACUGUGGACAGUCGUGCCCAUCCGGUUGGAUCCGCAUGUUGCGCAAGGACGACAAAGCCCGCGAGAACGAGUACAUGGUGGAUGAAACCGGUUGCUUCGAGGGUGUUCAUCAACUAUGCUGCCCCCCAGAGGGAGACACCCCAACAUGUGGCUGGUACACGCAUCACAAUGGCAAGUGUAAGCAGCAGUGCCCCGAGGGCACAUUUGAGAUUGGAUCUCUCAGCAAGCACUGUCGCAGCAACUACCAGUCUGCGUGCUGUUCCACUGGCAGUAGCAACACCAAGCUCUAUGACCAGUGCUUCUGGACUGAAGGUCCCAAAUGCGACAAGUUUGCCUGUGCUCCCGACUUGGAAAAAGUGGCUUCAUCUUCCACGGGUAGUGGAGGUGCUACUUGCGAUGCUCGUAACUGGGGCCCCGAGACACCGGAUACCUUGCAGGAACGCAAGUGCUGCGAGAAAAAAGACGAGAAUCAACGUUGGGGAGACUGCAAGUGGUACGACAACGUCGGCCCUGGUGCUCCUGAAGACUAUGACAGCUUCUGCCGUAGCGGCUGCCCCAAUGAUAGGGUCAGAGUCGCCAUGGACACCUUCUGGAACACUGAAAAGGGCGUAGGUGCUGGCUGCCUCGGAGGGGCAAAGUCCAAGUGCUGCCUCCCCAAGUCAACAACAAUCACCAAACGCGAGUCUCCGCAUGAUCCUACUUUGAGGGAUGCGCUGGCAGCGUUUGUCCAGCGUCCCAUAUGUGAGAUUGACAGAGAAAUUGGUGGUAUUGGCUUGGGCGAUGGCUGGUCAAAACGGUCUCUUGACUUUCAGGAAAUUUCUGUAGGAAGAUCUCACAAUGUUCACCAACAUGGCCAUGGUAACCUCUUUGGACGCCGAAGCCCUCAUCACGGCCAUUCCCACUCGGCAGCACUCCAGGAGAGGCGGGAUGAAAAGGGCGCUGGGACCUACGACAUACAGCUGAUCAUCUCGCUGAUGUAUGUGUUGUUGCAGGGCAAGGCAACACUGAACCAACGAACGAUAUGGAACGAUGAAGUUGUACCGGAAUUCCCGAGUCUGGAAUGGGGGAAGCUUGCCAGGUUCAUCCAGAAGAUGAAGAUGAUUGCCACUUAUGGCUACCAUCAGCUGGCGGACCUCAUUGUCUGCAACCUCGCCGACUGGAACAAGAUGGUCUCGGGCAAGGAAGAGAAUUGCGAGUGCAGCACCGUGUACUGCUGCCCAGGCGGUGGCGACUAUUGCUCAAAGGGAGAAAUAGAGGACUUUGAUCGCAGGGGUGUCGAUCCUGGGCCCGAGAAGAGUUCUGAUACGCAUGGGGUAGCCUAUCAGCAUCUGGAGGAUCGAGCGGCAGAUGAUCCAUUGCCAGGUCAACCAAGGCCUUUCACAAUAACGUACCCCGAUGGGUCUACGGUGGUGAUUCGGUCCCAGGAGUAUCCUCUGGCAGGGCAAAGAGACUGGCCUGCAGGACAUCCCAUCUGGACUUUGGUUUACAUUCCUGCCAACACGCCUGGUUGUGUUGAUGUCUAUCCGAUUAGAAUUACGAUUACGUCCAACGUGGCCGGCGUGAAUAUUGAACACAUCGUCGAGCUCAACACCAUCGCAAGGUUCCUCACAGCCGCCUUGGCCAGCGGCGCCAUCAGAGAAGACCUUGUCACCGGAACCAUGUUUUUGGACUAUAAUCUGCCGCAUCUAAAUGGCCAGACUCUGACUGCGUUUGACAACGGUGUCAUACCGACGGAGCCACUCAGCCGUAUUUUUCACACGCUGGGAAGUAGUGACAACCGCGGUGUCUUUGUACUACUAAACCCAGGCCUGAACCAAGUCAAGACAUGCAUCUGGAGGCGAGAUCUUAACUACCGCAGAUGCUGGUAUAUGCGAGACGGACCGAUGGAAGACCUUUUGAACAAUUUCGACAACAACGAGGAGUUUUUGCUGGUCCUCCGCGAGGUUAUCACGGUCAUCAACUAUCUGGCGGCCGAUGAAGUUUGGAGUAGAAUCUUGCACAUCAACAGAGGUCUCCGCCGAGAGUUUGAUUACUUGGAGCAGUGGGAGAUGUCUUUAUUGCCUCCAAACCAGCCACGGUCUCAAAUUGUCGGGGCGUGGAACCAAUUCAUAGCCAACGAGUUGCGAGCGAUGGUCAAUUUCGCACGGGACUAUGUGCAGACGUGGGUGCGCAACGCGCGGAAUAGAUAUCGAGGCAACAAUGAUGAGGAUGUCAUCUUGUUCCUCGCAAGGCUAAGCACGCUCCUACGGUACGCCCUUGAGAUGAACUUGCCGAUACAUGAGCUCCUAAAUUAA